AUGGCGCCCGUACAACAGAACGCAGAGGCAUCUAAUGGUCUGGCCCACAGCUUGGCCUCUCUCGCCUUCAACCACUUGGCCCGUCGAGAUGGCUCAUCAAAGCAAGAUCCAAACAAGAUUCAAUAUGGACAAGGCACCAUUGACCCCAAGAGCAUCAAGAUGCAAGGGCUGAUGGCCCUUUUCGCGCUUAUUGGGGCAGCAUUCGUUCUCGGUGGAAUCUGGUUCUUCUUCUGGGCCAAGAAUGGCGGGUUCGUGUGGCGCAAGGGUGAUUGGGAGGAUUACAAAUCGACUGUACUUCGACGAAAGGGUCCCGAUGGCAGGACGCUGAGUAACGCCACCAAGAGUACCAAACUGGGCAACGACAGUGUUCUAGGCUACAGCGACGACGGAUACACUUAUGCCGACGAGACCGCGACUUACACCGAGACCGCCACAACAAUCAGUGAGGAGAAGCCAAGAAAGAAGCGCAAUUUCCGCGAGAAGCUCCUCCGUCGCAACAAGGAAGAGCGGUGGGAGGGCGAGGCAGACGACGACAUGCGCGCUUAUCGCGAAGAGAAACCCGCGCGCAUUGGUGGCAUGAAUCGUGAAGCCGAUGGCACCUAUCAUGGCAGUGAUUACGAUUCCUCCGCUCCACCUACCCACUACAACCGAAGCGACAUGAGCGAAGUCCACGACUACGCAUACGAACAACCCCAACGCUCACGUCGACGUGACCCCUCGGGCUUCUCUUUCACUGCGGGCAGUGAGGACGUGCUCAGUCAAACUACCGAGGAACACCAUCUUCGUGCACCAUCUUCCCGACGCCACACUCGUCGUCAUGACCACCGCGAGCGUCGCCAGAGCACCGUUCGCUCUUCCGUCCCUUCGUCCCGCACGAGCAGUCCCAAGAAGAAGGACCGUCGUUCUGCCGCACCGGGAUACACUGAGCCCUUGGACUUUUCCUCUGCCGGUUCCCGUUCGGAAUAUCAGUACUCUAAUGUUGAUACUGAGGACUCGCACGGUACCAGGAGCUAUCAUCAUCCGAUCCCGGGAUUGACUAAAGGGUACCGUCGCGAUGGCCACCAUCGCCGCCGCCGUGACAGCCUGAGUGAUAGUGGUGACGAGUGA